AUGCUCGCCCUCCCCCUGGUCUUCUUGGCCCUCUCGGCCGCAGCCCAACCCAACCCCAUGUUCUUCGACAACGGCAUCACCGAUGCCAGCACGGCGCGCCUGCCCGACUCCCCAGGGUGCACGUACUGCGCCCUAGCAUGUCUGCCCGACAACCACGAGUGCUGCCAUACCUGGACAGGCGAAUACUCUAUGGGGAGUGGCAAACACCUGUUCCCUGAUCCCGAUCCCGAUCCCGAAAUCCUUGAGAUUACCAUUAACGUUAUCAUCUCCACUGCCGAGGAGGUCGGACUGUCAGUGAGUAUGAACUGCUCCCGCGGGCAGCGCGGGGAGUGCAGCGAGACAACCUGA